UACGUCAUUAUUUUCUUGUGGCCUUGUUUGUUCUCAGAGAAAGGACCGCCAUACAUUUGGCCUAAAACAUUUUCUUUAUGCCAAAAUGAAACAGAACUCCAAUGUCCCCGCGUUCCUUACCAAGCUUUGGACUCUAGUGGAGGAUACUGAUACAAAUGAAUUCAUCUGUUGGAGCCAGGAGGGCAACAGUUUCCUGGUGUUGGAUGAACAGCGUUUUGCCAAGGAGAUACUCCCCAAGUUUUUUAAGCACAACAACAUGGCCAGCUUUGUCAGACAGCUCAACAUGUAUGGAUUCCGCAAAGUUAUGCACAUCGACACGGGCAUUGUGAAGCAGGAACGUGAUGGACCAGUGGAAUUCCAGCAUCCUUUCUUCAAGCACGGACAGGAUGACUUGCUGGAAAACAUCAAGAGAAAGGUGUCGUCAGCAAGGCCUGAGGACACAAAGGUUCGGCAAGAAGACCUGUCAAAGAUUCUGCUCAGCGUGCAGAAUAUUGAGGGUAAACAGGACAGUUUGGAUUCCAGACUUGCCACGCUAAAUAGAGAGAACGAGGCUCUGUGGAGAGAGGUGGCAGACCUGAGGCAAAAGCAUGCCAGUCAACAGCAAGUCGUAAAGAAGCUCGUACAAUUCAUCAUUACACUCGUUCAAAACAACCGUGUUUUGAGUUUGAAACGCAAAAGGCCUCUCCUGAUGAACAGCAGCGGGAAGAAGCCCAAAUUCAUCCAUCCCAUUUUUGAUGAACCUGUGGAGCACAACAAAGGAUCCGUCAGCAGCCUCAGCGGUUUGAAGAACAGUUCUGAAAUCUCUGACGACGUCAUCAUCUGCGACGUAACCGACGAGGAUACGGAGAUCGUGGACGACACCUCCAGAGCUUUGGAUCAGACGGAUGUGGAAAUUGUGGAGGUGAACUGUGGGGACGACGCAGCAGUGGAGGGCAGGGAAUUGCAGGGCGUACUCAGGACAGAGUUCGAGGAACCCCCCAGAAGCCCCACAGAUAUCCCCCUGACCAGCAGCGCCCUGCAGGUCAACAAGUCCCCCGGGCUGAGCCUGGAGGACCCCCUCAAAAUGAUGGACUCCAUCCUCAGUGAGAACGGGGCCAUCUCGCAGAACAUCAACCUUCUGGGAAAGGUUGAGCUGAUGGACUAUCUGGACAGUAUUGACUGCAGUUUGGAAGACUUUCAGGCCAUGCUAUAUGGGAAACAGUUUGUUGACUCGGACAUUUUAGAGGAGACUGACAGCUCAAAAGAAAAUGCUGCUCAGUCAACCAAAGGGAUCAAGUCUGAUGCCACUAACACAGACAAGCAGCUGAUCCAGUACACUACCUGCCCCCUGCUGGCCUUCCUGGACGGCUGCACCCCGCUGGCCCCCGAGUCGGAGCCCUCGGGCGGCGAGCUGGGCGAAGCGCUCCUGGCGCCCGGCCUGGAGACGGAGGAGUCGUCUUGCGGGGCCCUGGUCCACCUGGAGAGCCUGGCGCAGGAGGAGGAGCCUCCGGUGCGGAGCUCGCUCAUUCGCCUGGAGCCCCUGACUGAGGCAGAGGCCAGCGAGGCCACCCUCUUUUACCUGUGCGAACUCAACCCGGAGGUGCCCCCCGCCGACACCUCCGAGCUGGAGGUCUGAGGGGAGGGAGGGCGACGGUAGUGGGGGGGGGUGUGGGAGGAAAGGAACGAACAAAAACCUUUGUAUAUAUUCAUCAAAAUGAUGAUCUAUUUAUUUGCCAGUAUCUUUUGGUACAUUUCUGUCCCAGAGUUCAGAACUACGACAUUCCUCAUCGUUCAAGCCGACGUCGCAUCGCAAACCUUGUCCGCAGAGCGCCCGAGAUUCUGUCGCCCUGAGCCGACCGAGGGCCCGCGAUUGGUGCUGCCAGUUCUCGUCACGGAAUUUUCCUGAAGGAUUUCCUGUCUUAUUCGGUUGAAAGAAACAGUUUUAUAAGCUCAGUGUGCGAAGGGUUACAACCGUCUUUACUGUAUAAAGAUAUAGAAGUGCCUGUAUCUUAUGGUCAUUGUAAAACUUCAGUGUUCCGAAUUUCAAGUAGUCCAGCUUGUAGCACUAGAUCAAGAAACGCUUGGAAAAUUCUCAUGUGAUUUGCUUAUCUUGUUGGCUUAUUUUUCUCCAUAUUUUCAAGCUUGGCAAUAAAUAAAGAGUUAGCCUCUUAUUCA